CUGGACUACCACGGAAUGGGCAACACACAAACACAGCAUCAACGGGGUGAAGAUUCGCUCGAUAUGGAGGGUGUUAGGUUGUUUGAAGCUGCUGGUCUGGCGGCUGCGACUCCCUCCGGUAUGAAGGAGGAGCUUCUGCUGGUAUCUUGGUUGAUUGUGCGGUUGCGCACACGGGAAGAUGGCCAGACUUCUUUUGAAUGGGCCUACAAGGGCCACGACACAGUGAAUAAAUGUGUGUCGACGGAGGUCAUGACGGACUUGCGCAGUACGGUGGGGCAGACCGCCGCUGCCAUCGCGCGUAAUAUCGCUCCCGUUCAGACAGCCACGGCGCUGCUGCUCAGCACGGGCGCGCUCUCGCAAUCAUCCGAGGAACCUAAAGAUGAGGGUACUCUUCACCUCGAAACACAAUACAAUGACGGCCAUCUCGAGAUCCGACCGGUCUGGCAGUCCGAAACCAUGCUCCCCUACACCGCAACACGACACAUCAACAGCCUCGUCGACACCGUGCAAUUGGUCCUUUCCAAUCCUGAAGCCACCAUCGAAGACUGCCUGCGCCCGACCGCCAGCGAUCUCACCGACAUAUGGUCAUGGAACCACGAACUCCCCCCUUCGUACGAUUUCGGUAUGCACGAGGAAAUCUCCCGACAAGCUCGCAAAACCCCAGACAAGGUCGCGAUUGAUUCCUGGGACGGCAGUCUGACCUACGGCGAGAUCGAGCGGUACUCUACCUUCGUGGCGACCACAUUGAAGGACAUGGGCGCACAGCCGGAAGAUUUCAUCCCGGUGUGUUUUGAAAAGUCGAGAUGGACGAUCGUCGCCGUGCUGGCGGUCAUGAAGGCCGGAUGUACGUUUGCGAUGAUGGACCCUACCCUUCCGCUGGCUCGUCUGCAGAAUAUGGCCACGCAGGUCAAUGCGAAGGUCAUGGUGUCGUCGAGCAUGCAGCGGGAACUGUCCCAGGAGAUUAUCCCGGAUGGCAAGUUUUUCGUCGUGGAAGAGGGCGCCUUUUCGGAGGUCCCGGGGUCGGAUGACUUGCCCUCAUUGCCUACGGUGCCGGCUUCCACCAUCAUGUACUUGAUCUUCACCUCCGGCAGCACGGGCACCCCCAAAGGUGUCAAGGUGUCUCAUGGAAGCUACACGAGCAGUGCCUUCCCUCGCGCCAAGGCUGUGGGGUACAAUGAGGACUCGCGGGUCCUGGACUUUGCGUCGUAUGCGUUCGACGUCAGUAUCGACAGUAUGUUGUUGACGCUGGGUAAUAAUGGAUGUUUGUGCAUUCCCUCGGAUGAGGACCGACUGAACGACAUCAACGGCGUCAUUCGUAACAUGCGCGUGAACUAUGCGGGCAUCACUCCCUCCGUGGCCCGGAUCUUGGAACCGGAUGUGAUCACGUCGCUCAGUGCGCUCGGACUCGGAGGUGAGGCGGCCUCCGCGAGAGAUGUGAACGUUUGGGGUCAAGAGACGCGCAUUAUUAUUGGCUACGGCCCUUGUGAGUGCACCAUCGGAUGCACCGUCAACAGCAGCGCGGCUACCGGCAGGGACUAUAUCUCCAUCGGACCGGGCAAUGGCGCCGCUAUCUGGAUCGUUAACCCUAAUGACCACGAGGAGUUGAUGCCAGUAGGCGCCGUCGGGGAGCUGCUGGUCGAGGGUCCGAUUGUCGGACAGGGCUAUCUGAAUGACCCCGAAAAGACGGCAGCUGCGUUUAUUGAGGAUCCCAAGUGGCUGGUUGCGGGCCACAAGAACUACGCUGGUCGUCGGGGACGUCUGUACAAGACGGGUGAUCUGGGAAAGUAUGACCCGGAUGGAUCGGCAGGGAUUCUUUUCGCGGGACGAAAGGAUACCCAAGUCAAGCUACGUGGACAGCGUGUCGAGCUUGGUGAGAUCGAGAGUCAGCUCAAGGCCAGACUGCCGUCGGAAGCCACCAUCAUUGCUGAAGUGAUUGUGCCGCACGGAUCCGGGAACCAAGCGACGCUCGUGGCGUUCAUCUCCUCCCAGGCUACCAAAGGAGUUGAUACCACGGAACUCACCUCGGUUGAGCUUCCUGAAGCGCUGAGCCAGGCCUUGUCUGAAGCCGACGCGGAGGUGAAAAAGGUCUUACCGCGAUACAUGGUGCCCACGGCCUACAUCCCCGUCAGUCACAUUCCGGUCUUGAUUUCGGGCAAGACGGAUCGCCGACGUCUGCGGCAGUUUGGCACCUCCGUCGACCUGCGCGAGCUGGAUCAGGGCGCUGCGCAAACCGCCGAUCGAGAGCUGACUGAUCUGGAGCAGCGUCUGCGGCAGGCCUGGAGCCAGACGUUGAAGCUCGACGCGGAGAGAAUCCGUCCGGACGACAACUUCUUUGCCCUCGGUGGUGACUCGUUGGCGGCCAUGAGACUGGCGUCUGUUUGUCGGGCGCAGGGAUUGGAUCUGUCGGUGGCUAACACGUUUGGCCAUCCCACUCUCUCGGCCAUGGCCCGUGUCGUCCUCAUCUGCGAUGUCGAGACGCAGACCGAGACCCCGGCCUUUGCCUUGAUCUCCCAAGCUGCCGAGAGCGCCUGCCAGGAAGCCGCACAGGUCUACGGUUUUGAGCAGUCUGCCAUCGAAGACAUCUACCCUUGCACCCCGACUCAGGAGUCCCUGUUCACCUUCUCGCUCAAGUCGGUCAAAGCGUAUGUCGCUCAGAGACUGGCCUGCAUUCCGGCAGAUAUCGACCUUGAUGCCUGGAAGCACGCGUGGGAGGAGGUUGUCGCCGCCCUGCCCAUCCUGCGCACUCGCGUGGCCCAGCUCCAAGAGCCCGGCCUUCAGCAGGUGGUCUUGAAGGACACUAUCUCCUGGAAGCACUCGACGGAUCUCGCGCAGUAUCUCGAAGAAGACCGGAGCGAGAAGAUGAAUCUCGGAGAGCGACUCGCCCGCUAUGCCAUCAUCGAGCACCCUGGGGAUGGCAAGCGAUACAUGGUCUGGACCGUUCAUCACGUACUCUACGACGGAUGGUCCGAGCCGAUCAUUCUGAAGAAGGUCAGCGAGGUUCUGCAGAAUCAGCAGCCCGAGGUGCAGGCCCAAAUGAGGGAUUUCGUCAAGUACGUGCGUGACACCGACGAAGUUGCCAUGGAGGAAUUCUGGCGCCGCGAGUUGAAGGGGGCUGUGGGACCCCAGUUCCCUCGUCUGCCUUCGAGAGAUUACCUGCCCAUUCCGGAUGGUCUGAUUGAGCGUCAGAUACCUUUGGAAACUAGUGCUGGAUCGCCAUUCACCAUGGCGACUUUGAUUCGCGCUGCAUGGGCGCUCGUUGCGUCCCAGUACACUGGAAAUGAUGAUGUUGUCUUCGGUGAGACGCUCACCGGCCGAGACAUUUCACUAGCAGGCGUCGAGAGCAUCGUUGGUCCGUUGAUUGCUACGGUCCCCAUCCGCAUCCACAUCAACCGCGCGAGCACUGUCGAGUCCUACCUCCAGUCCGUCCAGCAAGGCAUACUGUCCCGGACCCCGUACCAACACAUGGGUAUGCAGAACAUCCGCAAGGUCAGCCACGAUGCGCAGCAUGCGUGUGAAGCACCCACCGGUUUGGUGGUUCAGCCUGAGCCGGAAUACGUCGGCAGUGAGCUCGGCUUUGAGCUGGGCGAUGUUGUCCGCGAGGCACUCCAUUUCAACCCCUAUCCUCUGAUGCUGGGUUGUGGUAUCCGCAAGGGUGGCUUCCGGAUCUGCGCCAGCUUUGACAGCAGCUUGGUCCAGGUUUCACAGAUGGAGCGGAUUCUUGCACAGAUUGAGGUGGCCUGCGCGCAGUUGAGCAAGGAUCUCUCUCGCAGAAUCGACGAGAUCUCGUGUCUGCCUGCAGCUGAAUUGAAUCAGAUCUGGCAGUGGAACCGGACUCCCCCGUUGUCCUGGGAUGAAUCCUCCAAGAGACUUCGUGCCGAGGAAGGCAUCAAGGAAGGAUCCGCGUAUCCUCCGGCCGUGGUGCCCUGGGUGUGCGAUGCGCGGAACCCGUCGCUCUUGUCGCCCAUCGGCUGCGUGGGUGAGCUCUGGCUCGAAGGGGCCAUCCUCUCUGGAGAGACCGUGGAAUCCCCUGCCUGGCUGGUGGCUGGCAGCUCUGAACAUGCUGGUCGCACCGGACGCGUGCAGGCCACUGGCGACCUCGUCCAGCUGCAAGAGGACAACAGCCUGAUCUUUGUGGGUCGCAAGGAGAACGUCGUGUCGGUGCAGGGACAUGCUGUGAACAUUGCUGAGGUGGAAGCCCAAUUUACCAAGAACCUCCCCCCGACGGUGCGUGUCGCCGCGGCGGUGUCUCAGCCAUCGGGAGAAGAUGCUGAGCUGGUCGUCUUCAUUGAGCAACCGUCUUCCACCCCAGAUGGCAUCGAGCUCCUGCCGACGCCGCACGAGAUCCGCUGCGACGUGGACUCGCAGAGCUUCGAGGCGACCAUCUGUACCACAAUCCCUGUUAGCCACGCCGUAGCCCUAAAGAAGCUCGACAAGUUCAUCCACGACUCUCUCCCAUCAUACAUGGCUCCGUUUGCAUACAUUGUGGUCGACCGGAUGCCCAUCCAUAGCGUUCUCAACCAACUUGCCUCGAGCAUCCCUCGGGACCUGCUGGCCCAACUCCGCGAUGCCUUCCAGCAGGCGUUGGCCAAGGCUUCCGCGCAGACCCAUCUGACGCCUUCCGAGGCCAUCCUGCGGUCCGCCUGGGCCACCAUUCUCAAGCUCAGUCCCGAGCAGAUUGACGUGGAUGACAACUUCUUCCGCCUCGGCGGGGAUUCCGUCCUGGCCAUGAAGCUGGUCUCGAGUCUGCGUGCCCAAGGACACGGCCUGACCGUGGCCGACAUCUUCCAGCGCAUGCGUCUGGGCGAUGCUGCCACGGUCCUGCGCGUGAACGUCGUCUCCAAGGACGAAAAGGCCCAGCCCUACCGUCCGUUCUCCACCCUCGGCCAGAUCGAUAACAUCGAGUCGUUCCUGUCCGAGGACAUCCGUCCCAAGCUGGCGGAUCCCCAAUGGUCGAUCCGUGAUGUCCUCCCAGUCACCGACUCCCAGGCCCUCGACGUCCGCGGCACCGUUCAGGCGCCGCGCACUUCCAUCCAAUACACCAUGUUGUACAUGGACCAGCAUGUCGACCGUGCGCGACUUCUCCGUGCCUGCCACGAUCUCGUCCAGGCUCACGACAUCCUCCGCACCGUCUUCGUUCCCCACGAGUCCAGCUUCCUCCAGGUCGUGAUCGACAAACUCGACGCCCCGGUGGCCAUGCACCACGCCACCACCAACCUCGAACAAGACGUCGCCUCCAUCUGCAAGACUCACUCCGAAGCGGCCUUCCACCUGGGCGCCUCCUUCACCCAGUUCCUCCACAUCGAAGACCCUGCCACCAACCAAUCCUGCCUGGUCCUCGGACUCUCCCACGCCCAAUACGACGGCGUAUCCCUGCCCCUUCUCCUCCGUGACCUCGAAACCCUCUACAUCAGCACCUCGACCAUUCCCACCCCCACCCCCUUCUCCAGCUACAUCUCCCACACCCUCUCCCCCGCCCCGCAAACCAAAGCCCUCACCUACUGGCGCACCCUCCUCCAAGACUCCACCCUCACCACCUUCGCCGGCCCGGCCAUCCAACCCGGCGACAAAUCCAUCUUCCACACCCAACCCAUCCCUACCCCCUUCCCCUUCCAGCUCGAAGAAAUCACCACCGCCACCCUCCUCACCUCGGCCUGGGCCCUCCUCCUCGCCCGCCGUCUCCACACCGACGACAUCACCUUCGGCGCCGUCACCUCCGGCCGCACCCUCGCCUCCCUGCCCGACACCGACACCAUCAUGGGGCCGUGCUACCAACUCACCCCGACGCGCGUCCGCUUCCAACCCACCUGGCACGCGAUGGACCUGCUCCGCUACGUGCAGCACCAGAGCGCCGCAUCCGCCGAGUACGAUUUCCUCGGCUUCGACAAGAUCGCGGCGGCGUGCGGCUGGGACGGAUACUUUGACUCGGUGGUGCAUCAUCAGGAUUGGCACGAUUUUGAUACGAUGCCGUUUGCGGGGGGGGACUGUAAGGUGGAUAUUCUGAAUCCGGAUGGCGAUGCGGCGUAUCCGAUGAAGGUGGUCUCGUUUGUCAAGGAGGGGGUCAUGCAUGUCGGGGUGGUGGGGAGUGAGAGGGAUGUUGCAUUUGUGGAUGAGACGUUGGAGCAGUUGGUGCAGGUGGUGGAGGCGUUGGUCCUCGGGGUGAAUUACCCCUUUAGUCACGAGUACGUCGGCUGGACUCAUCCCUUGCCAAUCGGUCAGCAUAUAUAUCCCUUCCAUGGGAAGCCUGGUACCACGGAAUCGAGAAGUGCACCAGACCUGCUGACAUGCCAAGUACACACCGUAAGCAAUCGACGCGCCACUAUGCGGAUUGAUAUCGCAGUUCCAUCUAUCGCAACCAUGCAUUUCCCAAUCAUAACACUAGCCACAGUCAUCAUCGACUUAGUAACCGCCUCUCCUCUUAUGGACACCCUCCUCCUCACCCCCUCACUAUCCACCUACGCCCACAUCUACAACAUGACCGGCGGCAUCGACGAAAUCAACCCCCUAUUCACCAAGCGGUACAACUACGACGAAGACAAACGCAACUACACCUUCCUCCCCCUACCAAUUCCGUUGAGAAGACUGGUUGGUCCUGUCUUUUGGAAAGAGUCUAAGAAGAGGAUGGCUAGAGACUACCCUCCCACAAGAACAUAUGGAAUAUCAUCCUUCGUCUUGGGUGCUGGGGCCGGAUGUCUCGGCGAUGGAGGCUAUGGCUCGUUUUGGUCCAUUGAUCAGGCAGGUGGCUGA